AUGUCAAAUAACUCAGAAGUAGCAUCAUUUUUGUUUUACGAUGGUGAUUCCCCGGAGGUUUGCCGUUUUGAAUAAUCCAUGGUCAAUUUUCCUCAUUAGGGCAAAAGAAAAAAAAAAAAAGCUACUUUUCCAACGAGCCAAUGAGGUCUGUCACGGAGGCACCGAACGGCAGCCGGUCGUCCAGGGCAGCGGGGAGCGAGAUGGGCAGCGCGUCUUCGGCGUAUCGCAUGAUAUACCUGGACGUGGAUGGACGGAUUCAGAAGGUGGUUUUCAGCCGUUUCUGCAGCCCAUGUGAUAUAAAGGAGUUAUUCUGCACUGCCACAGGGCUCUCCAGGAACACAACCAUUUCCCUUCUGGACUCAACAGGAGCAAUGGUCUCCAUUGACCCCACAAUGCCAAACAACUCAGAGAGGUCGCCGUACAAAGUGGUGCCAAUAACUGGCGGACAACUUGCAGAUAAAGAGGAGCUUUUCCAGAAUGUUCUGACCCAGGUGGCAGAGCAGUUCUCCAGGGCAUUUAAAAUCAACGAACUGAAGACUGAGGUGACAAAUCGCCUAGCCAUGCUGGAGAAGAGAGUGGAGUUGGAGGGAAUGAAGGUGGUGGAGAUCGAGAAAUGUCGCAGUGACAUCAAGAAGCUGCGGGAGGAAAUGGCCUCCAGGAACAACAGUAGUUUCCUGGAUGACAACAAGAAGUUAACUCCUCGCAGAGAUGUGCCUUCAUACCCAAAGUACAUGCUCUCCCAGCAAACCAUAGAUGCCCUCAGAAAACCCGCCUUCGACGUCUGGCUGUGGGAGUCCAACGAGGAGACAGUAGAAGCUUUGAGGCAGCCAAUCUUCGAUGUGUGGCAGUGGGAACCUAACGAGAUGCUGAGUUGUCUGGAGCAUAUGUACCAUGACCUCGGGCUGGUAAAGGACUUUAAUAUUAACCCCAUCACGCUGAAAAGAUGGCUGCUUUGCAUCCAUGACAAUUACCGGAACAAUCCUUUCCAUAAUUUCCGCCACUGCUUCUGCGUCACUCAGAUGAUGUACAGCAUGAUCUACCUCUGCAACCUACAGGAAAAGUUCACUCAAGUAGAUAUUCUUAUUUUGAUGACAGCAGCUGUGUGUCAUGACCUGGAUCAUCCUGGGUACAACAACACGUAUCAGAUUAAUGCACGCACAGAGCUGGCGGUGAGAUACAAUGACAUCUCUCCUCUGGAGAACCAUCACUGCGCCGUGGCCUUCCAGAUAUUCUCUCAGUCUGACUGCAACAUCUUUGCCAACUUUGAUCCUGAAGCCUUCAAACAGAUUCGUCAGGGAACCAUCACCCUGAUACUGGCCACAGACAUGGCCCGACAUGGAGAAAUUCUGGACUCUUUCAAACAGAAAGUGGAUAACUUUGACUUCACUAAUGAGGAGCAUGUUACUUGUCUGAAGAUGGUGCUGAUCAAGUGCUGUGAUAUCUCUAAUGAGGUUCGGCCGAUGGAGGUCGCUGAGCCGUGGGUGGACUGUUUGCUGGAGGAGUACUUCAUGCAGAGUGAUCGAGAAAAGGCAGAAGGUUUACCAGUCGCUCCUUUCAUGGACAGAGAAAAAGUGACCAAGCCCACUGCUCAGAUCGGCUUCAUCAAGUUUGUCCUGAUCCCCAUGUUUGAGACCGUGAUGAAGUUGUUUCCUCAGAUUGAGGAGGUAAUGGUACAACCCCUACGAGAGUCCCGGGACAGAUACGAGGAGCUUAAACAGAUAGAUGAUGCCAUGAAUGAGGUGCAGAAAAAGAAGAGUGAAAAUUUAACAAUGGGAGGAAAAAAGAAAUGAGCAAGCUGGAAUCCCAUCAGAGGCAGUAAAUGAGUGAAAUCUUGGCCAUCUGCUCAGAAAAUCCAAAGCAUCUUUCAGGGAAUUGAACCAUGUACAGCUCAGCUAUGAACCCUUUGUGUUGUUUUUAUUUGGUUUUGUAAAAGUAUAAACAUUAUACAGGAUGUACAGAUUUUUAGUCACUUUUACUAACUUUAAUAAAAGUCUAACUUUAAGAACAA